AUGACCAAGGGUACCACCUCGUUUGGUAAACGCCACAACAAGACCCACACACUGUGCCGUCGUUGUGGACGUUCUUCAUACCACAUCCAGAAGCACACCUGCUCUUCAUGCGGAUUCCCAGCCGCCCGCAAACGCACCUUCCAAUGGUCAGUCAAGUCCAUCCGCCGACGCACGACCGGAACCGGCCGUCAACGCCACUUGAAGGACGUGCACAGACGCUUCAGGUAUUUUCUUUAUAUUUUCAUAUUAUUUUUGAAAUUUAGAAAGCUUCAGGAAAAAAUUCGUAUAUUUUUAAAGCUUAACAAGUACCUAACUUAAAAACAUGUUUUAAAAGCUGAUAUCCAUCUUGUCUUAUCCUUACCUUUGAAUUCCAUAGCCGUCUCAUACCCAAAAAUAUCUUUAUAAUGCCUAUCAACUUUUCAUUUCUUUAUAAACAGAAUCUCCACGCUCUAAGCAAUCUUUCUGAUAUCGAAUUUCAUUACUAAAAUAUAAGCUUUAACUAUAUUUUACCUUCAGAAGGUUUAAAGAAGCAUUUUUGCGUAAUGAAGUAAUGGAGAAGCUGAACCUCUUUUCUCUGUAAAUACCAGUAUUGUUAUCGCAAAAAGUGCCUACCCACGUCCCAAAAAGAAUCACCUCUAUCUUUUUUAACGGUAAUGGGUUUGAUAAAGCUUUGAAAACCAGUUUUUUUUUGACUAUUUUUAUGUUAUCAUACUGUUCGGUUUAGUAUAUCAUUAACUUUUUAACAAUACUAGCUAGCAUUCUAGAACUACAAUCACAAUCAAAUGCUUUAAAAUAACAUUCCUCGUCUUCUUUACCAUCUUUUCUUGCCUAUAUUACUCAUCGGAUACUAAAAUCUUUGAAGUUCUAACCAAAACUAUCUUUCCUCCCACCUUAAUGUCUAAAACAAUAUAAAACCCAACCUUUUUCUAAUUUUAACGCUUCAAAACAACUCCUAAACUUUAUAAAAUUUCAGAAACGGAUUCCGUGAGGGAACCGUCGCCAAGAAGACCGAGAAGAACUAA